AUGGCCACCUGCUCCCCGAUCUGCUCCUCUGGGUCCAUCAAGGUCCUCUGCGGCCCAGGGGCCGGGCUCUCUCGGGUGCCCCCCGUCCGCUCCAUGGGCUCCUGCAGGGUCUCCGGCCUCGCCGGUGCUGCGGGCUCGGCCUCCUCCUGCCGGCUGGGCCUCUCGGGCCUGGGGAGUUGCUUGCCGGGCUCCUGCCUGUCCUCCGGAUGCUUCCCCUCUGGCUUUGCUGGGAGCGGGGUCUGGCUCUGCGAGGGUGCCUUCAACGGCAGCGAGAAGGAGACCAUGCAGUUCCUGAAUGACCGCCUGGCCAGCUACCUGGAGAAGGUGCGGCAGCUGGAGCGGGAGAACGCGGAGCUGGAGACCAAGAUCCGGGAGUGGUGCGAGUGUCAGAUCCCGUACAUCUGCCCCGACUACCAGUCCUACUUCAAGAUCAUCGAGGAGCUGCAGCAGAAGAUUCUGAUGACCAAGGCCGAGAACACCAGGCUGCUCCUGCAGAUUGACAACGCCAAGCUGGCUGCUGACGACUUCCGCACCAAGUACGAGACGGAGCUGGGCCUGCGGCAGCUGGUGGAGUCGGACAUGAACGGGCUGCGCAGGAUCCUGGACGAGCUGACCCUGUGCAAGGCCGACCUGGAGGCCCAGCUGGAGUCCCUGAAGGAGGAGCUGCUCUGCCUCAAGAAGAACCACGAGGAGGAAGUCAACGCACUCCGCUGCCAACUCGGGGACCGGCUGAAUGUGGAGGUGGACGCCGCGCCCCCGGUGGAUCUCAACAAGAUCCUGGAUGACAUGAGAUGCCAGUAUGAGGCCCUAGUGGAGAACAACCGCAGAGACGUGGAGGCCUGGUUCAACACGCAGACCGAGGAGCUGAACCAGCAGGUGGUGUCCAGCUCGGAGCAGCUGCAGUGCUGCCAGACGGAGAUCAUCGAGCUGAGGCGCACGGUCAACGCCCUGGAGAUCGAGCUGCAGGCCCAGCACAGCAUGCGGAACUCCCUGGAAUGCACGCUGGAGGAGACAGAGGCCCGCUACAGCUCACAGCUGGCCCAGAUGCAGUGCCUGAUCGGCAACGUGGAGGCCCAGCUGGCCGAGAUCCGCUGCGACCUGGAGCGGCAGAACCAGGAGUACCAGGUGCUGCUGGACGUCAAGGCCCGGCUGGAGUCGGAGAUCGCCACCUACCGCUGCCUGCUGGAGGGAGAGGACUGCAAGCUGCCCGCCCACCCGUGUGCCACAGAAUGCAAGCCUGCUGGCAGAGCUCCCUAUGUCUCGGGCAUGUCCUGCGCCCCGACUCCCCAGUGCACCUAG